AUGCGCGAGAACUGGAAGGACGAUGACAUCCGCCUCUAUGCCUGGACCAUUAUCAGCACCACUACAUGCCUCUUCACGGCCAUUCUCUCCUUCUCCGGGAUCAAGGUUCUCAGCGACUUGCUCAUCCACAUCCCGGAGGAGAUGAAUGGUGUGGAGUGUGUCCGGGCCUACUUGCUCUUCAUCCUCGCUUUCUCGACCCUGCAGCUGGCCGCGAAGUUGAUUUCCGGAGCCUAUUGCGACUGCUGCUGCCCCGUGGACAUGAGUGAGGAGGUGUGGGUCGUGGCCGAUAGCUUGCGGGCUGACCAUGGAGAUGAGGUCGAAGAGAAGCAGGUGCGUACGAAGACAGGGCAGAGGAGUGUUGCCUGGAUUGAGGGCGUCGAAGUCUUCGUGGAGAAAAG